UUGCGACAGCGGCCGUCUUCGUUGGUGUGUCAAGCAAGACGAAGUCGGCCAUGGCGCUCGCGAUCGAACUCGGCAAAGACUAUUACACGACUGGUGACGCGCUCUCUGGCCACGUCCACGUCGCAUCCGUCCCCGACGACGCGCCCUUCGCGCUCGUGGUGACGCUGCGCGGUAAGGAAAAGGUCGUCGUUGCAAGCCAUCCCGCGGGGGCCAAGGCGUUGCCCCCGACAACACACCGCCAUGCGUUCUUCGAAGACACGCUGCUGCACACGGCGAUCACGACGGCGCCAACGUCGUUUGGCUUUGAUUUCGAGUGGCCCGAGGAGCUCCCAGGCUCAUACGAGAACGUCCGACACGCGGCACUGCAGGCCAAGAUCCAGUACAAACUCUGCGCGCGGUUAAUGCGCGGCGACGCGACGAUCGCGUCGGUGACGCGCCCGAUCCUUCUGUACGGCACCACGUCGUAUGUCGCCAAGCCGUUUUCAGAAAACCAGUCGCAGAAAAUACUCUUCCUCAAGUGCCUCAGCCAAGGCCGCUGCUCGGUGGAAAUGACUCUCGACAAGAACGUCUAUGCGAUUGGCGACUCGAUCCAGAUCACGGCCGACAUUCAAAACACGUCCCGACGCCGCGUCAAGUGCAUUCGAUACGUCUGCACUCAAGACGUCCAUGUGCAAUGUGGCCCGUCGACGCGGAUCUUUUCGUCCGACGUUGGCCACGACACGCGCGGCGGCCUCGCGCCCUACAAGAGCGUUCUGCGCAUCGACAUGUGUGACGCGCUGCGCAACCAACUGUACCCGAGCACACGGGGUACGCUCUUGCGGGUCGAGUAUGCACUGCGCAUCAUUGUCGAGAUCCCGUCGUGCCCCAACGUCGAGCUCAUGCUCCCGCUCAUCGUGGGGCCGCCCAAAGCGUCGUCGAUCUUUGCGCCGCCACCGACGCCACUGCAUCGUCGCAAGGGGUUUAGCACGGAAGAUAGCGUAUAACACACAACCCUACGACUCGAAAUACAGUAGGUAUGCAUUAUGGAAAAUGGACGAAUUGUCUCGUUCUUUCUCAC